AUCUACUGCUAAGAAGUUUAGUGUGUGAGCUAAAAACCAUUGUCGUUAAUCUACCAAAACUCUUGUGUUAAACGAAACCAAUUCAGAAUGAAUGUCAGUAAAUCAGUGAUACCAUGUGAUUCAAUGGUGUUUUUAAUUUCAACUUUCCGAGCUAAUCCAAUGAUUUUAUAUUUUCUUCGCAUAAUCAUAUUGAUUUUUUAUCGACUCUCGCUUUGCAUGAAUUGAGGAUACCUUUGUAUCUAAUAUUGCCGCGAACAUUCUUUAAUAUUCAGUCCGUCAUAUGUAAAGCUAAAUUGUUCAUCAACAGAACCGAAAAUGAGCAUUAAAUCAAGAAUGAUAAUGCAAUGGUGUUACAGUCUGACAGCGUGAUAGCAUUAAACACCAGAGAUGUCAGAAGCUCCAAACCAUUGCGGAUUAGUGGAAAUGGGUCUUUGUAAUGUGGGUAAUCAGUGUUGAGCACCACCUAGAAAAGUGGAAAUUAAACAUAUAGGAGAAUCCUACUGGAAAAUAUUAGGUUUUUAUAACACCAUUUCAUUUACUCAUCCUGACAAUGAGUUCUUAAUAGAUUCGAAGAAAAGUGACUGAAGGUGCAGUCCCUAUAUGGUUAGGCAUUUUUCGUAGAUACGAACGACCAUGCUUCUCGAACAAAUAUUGGUUUAGGUCAUGGGUGGUUUUUGUGUGGUCCGCUAUUGGAGAAUGGUGAUUUAUGCAAAAUAAUUUUAAAGAAAAUGAGAUUAAAAAUCAAACUCACACACUAAAAAAUUAAAGGGAAGAAUAAAUUUGGUUCAAUGAAUUCCACAUAGGAGCAUCGAGUACAUGGGACAAUAUAAAAGAAUUGAUAAACAUAUUUUGCUCAACUGGUAAACUUGUUUUAAUUCGCUUAUUUAUUCAACUGAAGUCUAUACAUUAACGAACAACAUUGCUAUUCAUUUCACUUGGUAAUUUCAAUCACAUUUCCUUGUUGAAAUACAGUAGAAAUGAUUUGGAACAAGGUCUUGCUAAGCCGGCACAGAGCGGUCUAAGGCUUGGCAAUGCACUCCAGCGCUCCGCAACUCUUCCUGCCAAUCCAAAAAAAUUGACCAAACCGCGGGUUACAUUCCGUGUUCGUUCACCAUCAACAGAUCAAAACAAUAACAAUAAUAUAAAAAUGACAUCGGAAGAUCUGCUGCAGCCCGGUCACGUGGUCAAAGAACGGUGGAAAGUUGUCCGUAAAAUCGGUGGCGGAGGUUUUGGAGAAAUUUAUGAAGGACAAGAUUUAAUAACUCGUGAACAAGUCGCACUAAAAGUUGAAUCUGCACGGCAACCGAAGCAAGUUUUGAAAAUGGAAGUCGCCGUACUUAAAAAACUACAAGGGAAAGAACAUGUUUGCAGAUUUAUCGGAUGCGGAAGGAAUGAUCGGUUCAAUUAUGUGGUUAUGCAGUUGCAAGGAAAAAACUUAGCUGAGCUGAGACGUGCCCAACCACGUGGUGCAUUUUCUCUGAGUACAACGUUGCGUUUAGGAGUCCAAAUUUUGAAAGCAAUUGAGUCAAUACAUUCAGUUGGAUUUCUUCACCGAGAUAUAAAGCCGAGCAACUUCUCAAUUGGACGUUUGCCAUAUAAUUGCCGCAGAGUUUAUAUGCUUGACUUUGGACUAGCGCGACAAUAUACUACUGGUACAGGAGAAGUGCGUUGCCCACGAGCAGCAGCAGGAUUUAGAGGCACGGUACGAUACGCUUCAAUAAAUGCUCAUCGGAAUAGGGAAAUGGGUAGACAUGACGACUUGUGGUCACUAUUUUAUAUGUUGGUUGAAUUUGUAAAUGGACAACUUCCCUGGCGAAAAAUCAAAGAUAAAGAACAAGUAGGAUUAAUGAAAGAAAAAUAUGAUCAUCGACUUCUACUCAAACAUCUGCCGUCAGAUUUAAAACAAUUUCUAGAGCAUAUACAAUCCCUUACAUAUGCAGAUAAGCCAAAUUAUGCUAUGUUAGAGUCAUUAUUUGAGAGAUGUAUGAAACGACGAGGUGUCAAAGAAUCAGAUCCAUACGACUGGGAAAAAAGUGAUGCAACUGGGAACUCAAACUCUAGUCAAGGAAAUAACGUCCAAAUGCAAGCUAAAAAUGAAUACCUCCAUGGAAAUGUCACUCAAAUGACUGUUGCUGCUUCAAAUGCGAGUGGAACUGACUGCGUGGUCCGAAGGCGUAAUGAAAUCGAUACUGUUCAGAUGGCAACAACAGAGCCAGUCAAUCACCAUAAAGAUAAGGUUGAUAAAAAUUGUAAUGCCACUACUUCGCCUCAUCACGAAAUCAAUUCAGGAUUAAAUGAAAAUAAUACAAUUGAUCAACAUCAUCAACGUGAACCACGGGAGAACACACAACAACAGCAUACACGGUCACAAAUGUAUACCGCACCACCCAAUCAACCACAGAAUUUGUCGUCGUUCUUGAAAUUGAAUUCGAACGAUCAAGAAGAUCAAAAUCAACCAAAUAAUGCUCAUCUACAGCACAACAUGCAAGGAGUAUCAAUGCAACCUAUGAAGGCGCAAUUGGUUUCGAGCGAACGUGAUACUGCGCCACAAACACAUUAUCAUCAAUCGCAUUCGCGAAGCGAUCACCAGCCGGCCCAUCAUCACCACCACCAAAGUAUUCAUGCUUCACUGCAAAAAAAAAUUCAUUCCUCGGUACAAGAAUCGAACCAAAAUACUCAUAUGACUGGAAAUCCUAUGAAAACCGCGUCAGCCGGAGCAAUUCCUUCGCUUGCAGGGGUAGUUAGCUCACCACACCGAACAGCUCAGACCGGAACCACUGAUGGAGAGGCGGCACAUAAUUUUUUUUGUGGGAAUGAGAAUGCGAGUAGUUGCAAUAAGCUUCCCAAGUCUAGUCAGGAAAAGUCAACUUAUGGUCGGCUGCGAGUGUUCACCGCUCCACCUACCUCAGUUCACGAACUAGCGGGAACAACGGCAGAAACAGGAUCACCCCGUGAAACAGAAGGGUCACCCUUUUCUUUCGACUUGAAUAAAAUGGAAUUUCGAAACCAAAGGCAUUCAGCUGGGGGUGGUGGUAGCGGAAGCGUUGGUAUGAAUAUCACAGGUGGUCGACGAUCGAAUUUGCGCCCUUCUUCAGGCUCGGGAUCAACACAUCGCCUAAGUUCAUCAGGUGGUGAUAGAGGUGGUUUAAGCAUUGGCGGAAACCGAGAUCAUUCAGUUACGCAGUUCGCCCUUAUCGAUGAUGAAAAUGUUUCUGCUCUGCAACAGGUGACAAAAGGCGGUGGUGCUUUAACUUUAGCGUCGCAAUGGAAGAGCCAGUUUGAUGAUUCAGAGGAAACCACGGAUAACGAGUGGAAACAAGAACCGCAGAGCCCUGAUCAUAAAGAUAAAAGCAAUUUAGGAUCACAUUCACAACCUAAUUUAAUAAAUAGGCAACCACAAAUACGCCGUCGUGAAAUCAAACGUAAAAAAUGUAAUUUAAAUAUAGCUGGAAUUGAGAAUUACAGCAAUUUACAUGAAUUGCUUCCACAUUGCUGGUCCGAACCAGCUCUAGGAAAUGUUUUACGUCGCGAUCUAAAGCCACCUGUUAUCCAACAAGCUGCAUUUGACGAUACGGUAUUUCGUAUGGAUAUUAUUCGAAACGUUGGUAUUCGACAAACUGUAGCCGACUCCGCUGUCCCAGAGGAAACAGCAUUGAUUGAUCUAGAUAACUGCAAGGUCAUAAAUUCCUCCGAUAAAAUGGUUGACGCGUCAGUAGCUCCGAACCAGAAGCUGAUUAAUGCAAAGAGAUUCCGCAAUAGUUUACCAAAUAUCGCAUUAAAUAGUGCUCCAGAUGUUACAGUAUCUGCACGACCGCCAUCACCGCCACUUCAACAACUAAUCAAUUCAUUUGAUACGCAUUUAAAACUGAAUAUUUUCAAUAAUACUCAUAAUGUUAUACAAAGUAGUCAUAAUCACGCUGAUGCCAGUUAUACGAGCCAGCAAAACAAUAGUAAAGCGAUAUUCAACUCGAAUUGCGAAAUGAAAUUGCCACCAGCAAAAGUAGAGAAAAUUGAAUGUGACUUUAACUUGGAUCCCACGGAAACGAACGAGAGUCACGUUAGAGCUGAAUCGAUAAAUAAUAGUGUUGAUAACAGAGACAAAAUUCUAGGGGUUGACCAACAGGAUGAAGAAGGAUGCGCUGUCAGCGGUCGGUUGGAAAUUCGUGUCAUUCCAAAAGAGAGCCCGAAUCCUGAUGAAUCGAUUUAUUUUGAUGCUCUAGCAAAUGGUACUUCGAUUAAUAUUAAAAACAUUAAUAUUGUUAGAAAUGGCGUACUCGACUUACAACAUUAUUUAUUAGGUAACAAUAACCAAAACAGUGCGGCAGUAUCUACAACAUCGCAUUUUCAAACGCCAACUAGUCAUGUAUGUCCAGAAGUUCAUCAAACAUCUGUAGCAGCGACGAAGUCGAAAACCGUAAAUGAUAGACCAAGCAGUCAAAUUUCAUCAACAGUACCCUUGAAUGAGUCGAAAUUGAUACAUCAAGAUCAAAGUGAGGAUUAUCAUAACCUGCAAAGCGUAUUUCAUAGUCAUCAACAAAUCGGCAACACUAACCUCACGGAAAAUUGUGAUGGGGAAGAUAACAGCAAGGUUCUUGAUGAAUCUGCUGUAAUUGCCGCUAGAACACAAGAUCCUCGACACGAAGCCGCUAGUUUCAACAAAGUUAAACUAGACGACCCAACACAGAAAGAGCAAUACGAGUGCAUACAUCAUAAAGACAAUCUGGUUCCUUCAGGGAUUAGCAGCGGUGUCGCUAGUAGAAUCCCCGUGUUGAACACAAGUUUACGUUUAUCGAAAUGUGCAUCUUGGUCUGGAUGUGAUGUUCAGCCGUCAGGUCAUAUUGUAACAGCAGCAGGAAAUUCAUCAGCUGGAACUGCAAGUAAUUCAUCAGCAGCAACGACAACUACCACAACUAUUUCCAAUAACGCACAACUUAAUGUCGAUAUGAUUGAUCUUACACCUGCAUUGCGGCGACGACGUCAAACUGAAAAAUAUGUAACCGACCCAUCUCAACUGAAUCUACGAUUUCAAAGACCUCGAUCGAGGCACAUAAACAGAAACCGCGGUAUACCGACUCACAUGUUAGGUACAUUUGAAGACAACUCUUCAGACAAUAGUGGGGAAGAAAAGCAACACCAGCAACAUCCAAGUGAUAUUAAUAAUAGUAGUUUAGUAGAUACAUUGCAAAGUACACAAUCACAUCAUAUAAAUACUCCUCUCUCGUCGGCAACCACAUCAUGCAAUCAUGUUGCAGGCGAGAAUAUAAUUGCAGAAUUUGAUAGAUCUCUACGUAAUGAUAUAACACCUCCACCAGGAGCACCAAAACCCGAGAAUAGUGCACGUCUACGCCGAUAUAGAUAUAACUUAGAAUAAAAACUAAAUCCGGAAAAAUAUAAACAUUAAACUUCAACGCAAAUGAAAAGCCUUUUUCUUAUACAGAAAAUUAAUGAGAAAAGAAACAACCAAAUAACGUUGAGCAAAUAGAUCAUUAUCAAUACUGUAAUGGGUUAUUUACUGAGCAAAUCAUUCGAAUGAAACACAAGCAUAUUCAUCAUAAAAAGAUUUUAUAGCGGGAAAAAGAGUCAAUCAACGUACAGAUAUAGAAAACGAUAUUUGAAAGGAUUACUUUAAAACCAGGAGCCAACUGUAAAUUUGAUUUCAUUGAAGCCUAACAGAAAUUGACAUUUCUUCAGGAUAGAGUGACUUAUUUCAGGAAUGCUUGGUAACUAAUGUAGACUGAACUCCUCACAUCAUUACUUUUUUCCAACUUCACCUGUGUUAUUAAUCUUGAGUUUUUUUUAUUCAAGAUACUUUGUUGUGACAUUAAUUUGCGUGAUAUGGACUGGUUAAUACUGAAUUUAAUAACGGGCAACUAGAAAUUGAUUGAUAUUUUUUCUCAUGAUCUAUAGAUUGAAGUAAAUAUUGAAAGAAACGAAAGUGUUACUUUCUUCGCUAUAAAGAAAAUAACGGACUGAUAGGAAAAUGUUCGUGCAUAUUUUUAAAGCUAGCACUAGAGUAUAGUAGUUUUGGCAAUUGUAUUUAUAAAAUAAAGUUUAAAAAUGAAAACUGCAAUUUAAAUGAAAUAUUCGACACGAAAUCGAGGAGAACAAUACUAAAAUUUUAUUCAAUAAAAAAUUAUCUUAAGAAUGUGGCUUAAAUUCGAAAUGGUGAAAAAAAUAAGCUUCACUGCAAAUUAACGGCAAUCUUAAUAUAAAACAAUAUAAGCGAUGCUGUGUAAUAUUGUAUUUAUUCAAUAAACAAACAUUGAGUUAGAAGUAUCCUUUCUGAACAACUUUAGAUGUAAAUUUGGCAGUUUGUAUUAAUACCCAAAAACACUAUCAGCGAGAUUACUAUGUUAUUAGGUGACAUUCAAUAAGAUUUAUUAAAAUUAUGAGACUAGAGUUUGCUAUAUAUAAAUAUGGGAAAACAGAAACGAAAAAUACCAUGAAUUGAAUGAUUUAAAGCAACUAAAAUGAAUGUAUAUAUAAACUACAAAUAUUAUAUAUACAUGUAUAAAUUACAUAAUUAUAUAUAUAUAUAUAUAUAUAUAUACAUAUAUAUAUAUUUGCUGUGAUGAGCUCUGAAAACUAUUGAAAAUGUAUAAAUCUUUUGUAUCAAAUAAUUUAUUUAUUGAAGGUAUAUUAUUAUUUUGUCACUUAUUCAAAUUUUAUGCUAUUUGUUAUAUAAGUUUGUAUUAUUUUUGUUAACUAGUUAACUACCGUUUCGUGAACGCCAAGUUAAAAACAUUGACGAAGACGAAAAUGUUUUAUUCAAAAAUAAAGCAUUUGUUUCACAUUAGUAAAUGCACCUUUUAUUUGAAGAUCACCUCUGUCAAAUGGAAGCUUGAGGAAAGUCGAAAGUUAUGGGGAAUUAGUGCUUCCCAAAUAUAUGUAACAAAUCUUUAAUAACUGCAAAUUGUAAAUUUAUUUUCGACUUGCAUUUGUAAAAACUAAUACCAUAAAUAAAAGUAACCAUAUGAUAUC